AUUCGGUGUUGUCGAUAUAUUGUGAUUAACUUACAUUUUCAAUUAUGAUGCUGCGGCUGACGUUUUUCUGUUGGUCGUUUAUACACUUUUCUCAUUCAUGCUUACCCAAUCCUUUCUUUGGCUAUAGUCCAGGAUAUGGUGGAUAUUACGCCCCACCAGCGGCGUCGUUUAACUAUGGACCUUUUCCAAGAGUUGGCCCAUUCCGAGCUGAGCCUCAAAGAGGUCCCACUGCAGCUGCUGGCGGAGCUGCUGCGGUGGCUCAAAAUCCAGUCCAGCCGCGUUUUGCGAUGCAGCAAGACGAGAUUCGUUCUGUCUCCACUUUGAACUGCGCUUCUUUUGCUGAUAAAUGCCGCUGGUCUAAUACUCAAGAAGAAGAACUUGAUUGGACCACCUUAGCCGAAUCACCUCAAGCAGCUUCAUUCCUACCAACGUUGGAUGUGCAGAAUUUGCCAGGUCAAUCCGCAGGUUCGCUUACUUCUCCUGCUAGAAACGGAUGGGAAAGCGGUCAACUCAUAUCUGAUGCUUUACCUUGUAUGACAACUGGUUUGAGGGUCACCGCAACUGCGUGGAGAAGUAAAGUUGGGCCUGGUGGUGAACAGCCAAAGUUACAGAUUUGUGUCAGGAAUUCGAACGAAGAAAAGUUCCCGCUAAUUAAUUGCAACGAGUUUGAAAUUAGAAAUGGUGUUCCUAUGACAGCGGAUAUCCCAACCCCUAAUGACCCUAACCUCCCAACUCAGUUGGUAUUUUCUGGCAACAAUUUCAUAGCCAAGGAAGGUGGCGCAAUUUUCAUUCAGGACAUUGUGAUUGAAGGAUCAUUGAAGUGUAACGGAGAGACUCUUGAUAGUCAUCCUGUACUCAUUUCAAAUCCCCCAUCAAGAGCGAAUGAAAAUGAUAAGAGAAGUUUUGCAGAAUCGGUUGGAUCAUUAAAGGGAGUCGUAGGAAUUCCUGGGCUAGAAGCAAUUGACGCCGGACUUCCUGCUAACCUCGAUGAGCAGCGAAUUGCAAUAGCAGCUCUGCAAAGAUCACUUCAAAGCAACAGCGUAGUAGAGCAGCAGCCAAAAUCUGCGGCUGAUAUCCAAUCAGUGAUCUCUCCUGUCGCACAACCUGCAGUGGUGCAAACUGCUCCGCAAACCCCAAUGACGUCAGCUGAAUCAUUAUCAACUGUCCCAUCACUCUUUGAAAGUUGCUUAGCAUUGUCAUGUAAUCCAUCUGACUUGAGUUGCAAGUUCUGGAGAUCAUCCGGUAAUAACCGUUGGGAAAUUGGGACGUCCGGACGGGUGGCAAAUCCGCUUACUGGAAUUAAUCUGCCACCUGGAACAGCUCAAAAGUUCUUGGUCGCACCAUUCUUCGACUCUCAUAUCAGCAGUUACACACUGGUAUCAGAAGCCUUAAACGUUCCACUUUUGGAGGAAGUUUACUUUUGCUUUUAUGAGUAUUAUGCAACAGAGGGUCUUUCAAUUGCAAUUUGCACUGACAAAAUGGAUUGUUUCUACAAAAAGAGUGGCUUGACUAUGGGCGAAGGAUUGAGGGAGAAUAAAAAGUGGAACAUUCGGUGUUCAAAACUUCCACCCGGCACAUAUGAACUUCGCGUGAUUGCUGAAAAUGCCGGUGAAAAUAAAGGAGAAGUUGGUUUUCUACCAAUUCGUCUGUCUCGUGAUUCCAAAGGUCAGCAACUCAUCUGUUAGAUCGUAUAACCAUAUAACUUAUUUAAUAAUUGUAUAAACCGUAAACAUUUCAAAUCAUUUUCAACUGUCUUUCAUUCUCUUUUUUGUCUCAAUGUUAUUUUAUUGAACCAAUAAACAAAUCCACAAAC